AUGGCGCAUGCAUCUUUUUUAAAAGAAAGUUAUGGCAAAAUGCCGAACUCCGUCUCGCGCUACAUAGUCGACUAUUUUGUGAGCAAUGCAGACGUAUUGUUGAGCGAUACAAACGUCCGCACACCCACCCAAAAUGCGAAACGAACGGCUGCAUACAAAACCCUAAUCACGAAGAUUCACGAUGAAUUUGGAUACGAUGUGAGCGAACGUAAGAUCAGAAAUCACUUCGACCACGUGAGAUCCAAAGUGAUCUCAAAGGGAAUGACUUUGAGAAAGGGAUUCGCAGCCGAAAAAAAAUAUCGCUCCAGGACGGGGGGUGGAUUAAGCAUUUCCGAAGAAACUCGUUUCUCCAAAAAUAACGAUUCCUGCCCCUUUGAAAGCCCUGCAGAAGAAAAACUCUGGAGUUUUUUCGAAAAUACCCCGGUCACUACUCCAUUUGUCGAGGGCGAAAGCCAUGUAGGAAAGAGGAAUUCCCCCGCUCACGAAGGCAACCGCGGUCACGAAGAGGAGCCGCUUAUGGUUGAUUUUGAAAGCGAUACAGACCUUGAAGAAGAAGAUUAUGGAGCCGGGACGGGCAGGCAACCAGACUUAGGUGGAGGAGGCGAUGCAAGAGCCAAAAUGAAGAGUCGUUUGAGAGUAACGGAAGCCGAUUUACUGCAAGAGCAGUAUAGGUUGAUCCAGGACCAGCGCAAGUUUCUGAACGAGAUGAUCCACACAUUGCACGUCAUGUGUGACUUCAUCGCAUCACAGAAGAGUCAAACUACCCCGGGAAUUGAAGUAUGCAUGCAAAGCGGUGGAGGGAGGGCUGCACCCAUCACUGGCGAUGAAAAUGUAGAGGAAUCAGUGUUUUCGAGUCAUGAUGUUGUUAAACAUGUUUUGGAGGGUAGCGGAGGAGUUAACCGAGUAGCGUUCCAUGCAACAGUGCCAAUACAUGCCAUGUAUGCGCAUAAUCAUCAAGAUACGGGUAGAUUUCUUCUAGCUUUGAUAGCUACAGGGCCAAGGAAGACCGCUUCAACAAUAUUGUACCUGCUAGAGCUCCUGCCUACAAAAAGCAAAAGAUGUUCAAGGACGAGCCUUUUGCCCCUUCAAAAAGGGAUCUAA